UGCAGCGGCGGCGGCGUCUGACUCUUGGGUGCCCAGUACGUGAUGUCUGGCGGCGACACGACAGUUGCCCGCCGAUCUUUGAACGGUUCACUGCGCUGACAGGCUUCGAGUUGCCUCGCCUCUGGAGUUGAACAUUUCUUGGGUGCAUUCUUGAGAGCGUUAAGUUUUGCUGAGUCCGUCGCGAGUCCGUCCACGUGUGUCCAGAGUGUGUGCCCGUGCCCGUGCACGACGAUGGAACGGCCUGAACUGCUGCAGCACGGAGAGCUAAGCGCUGUGGAGACCAAGACGAUGACGACCACCAGGCUGGUGCCAAAGCCCUUCUCCAUUGAAAGUCUGAUUGCCAACCAAACACCUGCCACACCUUCGGUAUCCGUGUCCGCCUCACCACCGUCCCCGCCCGAGGAGCACGAGCAGGAGCAGGAGCUGCAUGCCCGGGCCAUGGUGGCCAGCUCGGCCCUGGGCCUCACCCAGUUCCCGCUCUACAAUCCCUGGCUGCACGGAUACUUUGCCCAGAAUCACGAGAGAUUAACGCAUUUAAUUGCCGGCGGCGGCUGCUACCUGGGCUCCCCCGUGGGCAAUCCCUUUGCCGGCAAGGAGCCAACGCAUCCUCACCCAGCAGCUCCACCCCCGCCGCAAGGCUUGGACAAGCAGUCGCCGCUGCCCCACCCGCUGGACACUCGCUUCCUGCCCUUCAAUGCAUCUGCGGCUGUCGCGGCCGCCGCCUCCGCUGCAGCUCCGACGGAUCUCAGCUACCGCCGCCUGGCGGAGCUCAUGAACCAGGAUUACGUCCACAAUCUCAGCGUAAAUGCGCGCCUGCAGCACAUGGCAGUCGCGGGUCGCCUGCAAGAGGAUCACCCCAGCCAUGGUCUGAUGCAACAUCACGAGCCAAUGCCGCUGCAGGCCAAUCCCUUCUCGCCAGCAAAGUCCGUCAGCCACAGCCCCGUGGAGCCCACCCUGGAUGUGGGCAUGGAUGAGGAUUUCGAGUGCAGCGGCGACUCCAGCAGCGACAUCAGCCUUACCCUAUCCCCGAUGCCGAGGAAUUAUAACAGAGAGCUGGACAAGAGUCGCAAUGGAGCCUAUACCAAUUCGGAUAGCGAAGACUGCAGCGAUGAUGAGGGCGCCCAGUCGCAUCAUGAUGCCAGUGGGCUGGGCGGCAAGGACUCGCAGGGCAAUGGCAGUGGUUCGAACAGCUCCAAGUCGCGUCGCCGGCGCACUGCCUUCACGUCGGAGCAGCUGCUGGAGCUGGAGCGAGAGUUCCAUGCCAAGAAGUAUCUCAGCCUCACGGAACGCAGUCAAAUAGCCACAAGUCUGAAACUGAGCGAAGUGCAGGUGAAAAUCUGGUUUCAAAAUCGUCGCGCCAAAUGGAAACGCGUCAAGGCCGGACUCACGUCGCACGGCCUGGGCAGGAAUGGGAGUGCGAGCGGCACGAAGAUAGUCGUCCCCAUACCGGUGCACGUGAAUCGCUUUGCGGUGCGCUCCCAGCACCAGCAGCUGGAGAAAAUGUGCCUCAGCGGACCCAAACCGGAUCUGCGCAAGAAACUAUCGACGGAAGCGACGAUGAGCGGCUUCGAGAAGUUCAAUGGCGGCGGCAUGGGAGGUGGCACCGCCCCCAGCUCAAACCCCGCAGCCGCGGGGGCCGGAAGUGUGGGCAUGGGCCUGGCAUUGGGCAUUGGUGUAACGGCUCCUCUGAGUCUGGGCCGCAGUAUCUACUGAUCGGGUUCUGUUUUAGGAUGUAAAUAUAAGAAGGAAAGGAAAGGAAAGCGAAGCAAAGGAGU